AAAAAGCACCUUAUAUAAGUGUGGAAUAAUUCCGAAGCGAAUUCAGUUCCAUAACACUCAAAUGAAAGCCAAAAUGGAUUACUAAAUGCAGUUGAAGUCAAUCAACAGCAACAGGAGCAGCAGCAGCAGCAGCAGCAGUCCACAGCAUUGCAUUGCGCAAUAGUCACGUCCACAUAACAUACAGACACACAUACACACAUACGCAGAACGACGACGACGAGCACCCUAUAACCCCUCCAAAUCGGCCAACGAGUUAAGAUCAGCAGAUACCAUAACUUAUGUUGCAAAAAACCAACUUCUAAAAUAAAAAAAAACUCCCAAUAGACCUAAACCUAAUUUACAUUUAAAAACAAAAUACAUACAUACCAACACGACUGCAAGAAGUCGUCGAGAACAACAAAUUCGUAAAUUAAAGAACAUUAUUUGGCCUAAACUGCAUAAAUAGAAGAAAUUCAACUUAAGAAAAUCAGUAAUUCUGAACAGAGUUACAUAAGUUGCAUACAAUUGUUUAAACAAAAAACGAUUACACUGUGAAUAGCAGCAGCAAGCAACUGCUGCCGAAGACAACAACCGAGAGCAGUGAAAAUUGACCUAAACAUCACAUUAACAACAACAACAACAAUCGUCGAUAAGCCGAUGUUACAAUAAUGCAAUGCCUAAUUAUCAAGUAGCAAAUGCAAGCAAAUUAAAAACGUAACAACAACGGUCCCGCCCCCGUAUCAUCAAGAAGGAGGAGCGCCCGUAGAUAAACACAAAUUCAAUAUGCUUUGAAUAUAAUUUGGAAAGAGGUUGAACUCAAAAACCAAAACACAACUAUCAAUUUUUUUUGUUCACAUUUCGCUACAAGCAUUUUAACAAUUUUUGUCAACACUAAUUUUUGGUCCAAUUACAAACCCUAUUCGGCAAAGACACAUCGUAAAAAUAUAAAUGCAAUUGAUAAAAAACUAUCAACCGAAAAAGUAAACAAGUAAUAUUAAUCAGUACUAAAAAAACAGGCGCGUUUUGUUAGUAGAACAAAAAGUAUUGUUCGCAUCAGCAGUAAAGGAAUUUAUGAAUGAACACCAUUUCAAACCAAAGAAUUUAAAGCAAAACAAAAACUCCCGUAGAAGUAGAUUAAUAAAUAACAAAUCCAAGUAAAUAAAUAAAUAAUCUACGGAACGCAAGAACAGUUUGUCCUUCCGCAACUACAUACAUACAUAUAUACAUGCAUAUGUAUAUAGUACAUGUUUAAUGUAUAUCUAGAGAAAAGUCGCCUAAAUAUGUUUGUUGCAACACUUUCUGAUGAGUCCAUGGCAUUGUCGCAAAAAAUGCAGCAACAAGAAAAGCUAAAUUUCAAAAACAUGUUGUACGCACCCUUGCACAUUGCUAUCGCUGAAUCGAAUGUUGCCACGAAAAAUGCUUAAAUUCUACAAAGUAAAUUGCGUUCAUUACAACAACCGUAACGACAACUACCGACGAUUACAGCGUAUCAUUGCGCAAACGACUGGCUUAGAGAGGAACAACCACUGGCAGAAGAAGAAGAAUAACCACAGCAGCAGCGGCAGCAGUGAUAGGGUCAACGCCGCACGGCUACGGGCACCAUCAACAGCUCAAAUGCAGGUUGUCGUCGUCGCCUUGUGGUGGCCAGUGAUUGUUGCUUUAGUAGCCGCCAUUGUUCGUAAAUUAUCAGCGCUUGGCUAUGCAAAAGAGCUGUCUUAAUUUCUAUGAAAUCGACAGUGCAAAAAAAAAGUGUCAUCGAUUUACGAAACCGCACCACAACAACGACAGCAGCAAGUGGUAUAUAA